CAAUCCACUUACGAUUGGACAAAGUGAACUCCCUGAGAGCAGAAGACAAGAAAGCAGAGAGGGAGAGAGGCACACUAAGCAGAAAUGAACCAAUAGAGACAAAGAGCAAACAGCACACAGAGUUCAUUAGUAUGCCAGGGCAGUAGACUCGCAUUCAGCUCUCCAUGUUCCAGUGUGUAUCCACAGAGCAUACCAGACCCGUCCUUCUGCAUCUGGUGGAGUUACAGUUCUAGUUGUACGUCUCUUGUUUUGUCUUUAGGAGAACAAGGCCAAACUGUUGCUGCUGCUGCUACCUUUUGUCUUUUUAAAUCUUUUUCUACCUUGGCAUCCAGCCUCAGAUCUUUUGCAAAGACCUCAGGGAUCAGCCAUCAGUCAGAGACAGGCUCCUCCUCUCUCAGGGUCAGCACCACCCCCUCAGUCUCUAAGCCCCUCCCCCAGCACCCUCCCAGCCCCAUAACAACCUCACCAUGAACCUCAAGCAGAACGCAUCUUCAAUCAUCUUCCUCCCCGUGUACCUGCUAAUGUGGCUGUACACAGUCAUCACCUUUGUCCCAUGGUACCUCCUCACCAAUGCCCACAAGAAAAAAGCCCUGGCAAAGAGAACAAAAGCCAAGUCCACCACGGGCAAAGCUGAGGGCCCCUAUCGCUCGGUGGACCAUUUCAACUCGCUGGCCACAAUGGACUUCCCAGGCGUUGACACCCUGGACAAGCUGUUUGAUCAUGCUGUGAAGCGCUUCGGGAAGGCAGACUGCCUGGGGACCAGGGAUGUGCUGAGCACCGAAAAUGAGACACAGCCCAGUGGCAAAGUGUUCAAGAAGUUGAUCCUUGGAGAGUACAGAUGGAUGUCUUACCAGGAUGUGGAUGUGGCGGUGAGUCACUUUGGCAGCGGGCUGGCGGCGCUGGGUCAGCAGCCUCGCAGCACCAUCGCCAUAUUUUGCGAGACGCGGGCAGAAUGGAUGAUCACUGCCCAGGCCUGCUUCAGAUGCAACUUCCCACUGGUCACUUUCUACGCAACCCUGGGGGAGGACGCCGUGGCGUUUGGGCUGAAUGAGUGCGGCGUCACCCAUCUCAUCACCAGUGUGGAGCUCCUGGAGACCAAACUGAAGAACGUGCUUCCUGAGAUCCGCAACCUGAAGCACAUCAUCUACGUGGACAAGAAGGGCUUCAAUAAGACGGGCUACCCCGAGGGCCUGCAGAUCCACAGCAUGCAGACAGUGCAAGAGCUGGGAGCCCAGCCUGAGAACAUGAGUGUGGAGGUGCAGCAGCCCCUGCCCUCAGACCUGGCUGUCAUCAUGUACACCAGCGGCUCCACGGGCCGACCCAAGGGGGUCAUGAUCAUCCACAGCAACCUGAUCGCUGGCAUGACAGGCCAGUGUGAGAGGAUCCCAGGCCUCGGGCCAGACGACACCUACAUUGGCUACCUACCGCUGGCACAUGUGCUGGAGAUGACCGCCGAGAUCUCCUGUGUGACAUACGGCUGCAGGAUUGGCUACUCCUCCCCUCAGACUCUCUCUGACCAGUCCUCGAAGAUUAAAAAGGGCAGUAAGGGGGACUGCUCUGUGCUGAAGCCCACCCUCAUGGCUGCCGUCCCGGAAAUAAUGGACCGCAUCUACAAGAACGUGAUGAGCAAAGUGCAGGAGAUGGGCUACCUGCAGAGGACACUCUUCAAGCUGGGCUACAACUACAAGCUGGAGCAGAUCAAAACUGGCUACGAUGCACCGCUCUGCAAUGUCCUCCUCUUUAAGAAGGUGAGGUCCUUGCUGGGGGGGAACGUGCGAAUGAUGCUGGCAGGAGGGGCGCCGCUGUCCUCCGCCACCCAGCGCUUCAUGAACAUCUGCUUCUGCUGCCCCGUGGGCCAGGGCUACGGCCUGACCGAGACCUGCGGAGCGGGCACCAUCACUGAGGUGGCAGACUACAGCACUGGUCGAGUUGGGGCACCCCUCAUUUGCUGCGAGAUCAAACUGAGAGACUGGGCUGAGGGUGGCUACACCACGCUUGACAAGCCCCACCCCCGAGGGGAGAUCCUGAUUGGGGGUCCCAACGUCACCAUGGGCUACUACAGGAACGACGUCAACAACAAUGAGGACUUCUUUGUGGACGAGCAGGGCCAGCGGUGGUUCUGCACAGGGGACGUGGGCGAGUUCCACCCGGACGGGUGCCUGCAGAUUGUGGAUCGUAAGAAGGACCUUGUGAAGCUGCAGGCUGGAGAGUAUGUGUCGCUGGGCAAAGUGGAGUCUGCCCUGAAGAGCUGCACCCUCAUUGAUAACAUCUGCGCAUACGCUAACAGUGACCAAAACUAUGUGAUUAGCUUUGUGGUACCCAACCAGAAGAAGCUCACUGCCUUGGCCAAUCAGAAGGGCAUUGAGGGGACCUGGGAGGAGAUCUGUAACCAUCCAACUAUGGAGUCUGAGGUCCUGAGGGAGAUCAAAGAGGUUGCAAAAUCAAUCAAACUACAGCGGUUUGAGAUCCCGGUCAAAGUUCGCUUGAGUCCAGAGCCCUGGACCCCCGAAACGGGCCUGGUCACAGACGCCUUCAAACUGAAGAGGAAGGAGCUGAAGGACCACUAUCUCCAUGACAUCGAGAGAAUGUAUGGGGCGAAGUAGAGUCGCCGUCCAGCCUAAAAAUCCUACCUGUUUGUAUAUAAACAUACAACACAGAAUGUCUGGUUCUCAUGGAGGUGGAGAAUGAGGAGUUGCGAUUUGAAACCGAAAGCUCGAAGAAUUGUGCACAUGGACUGUUUCCAGCUUUUCAUAAACACCCAAAAAGAGGCCUCCAUUUUGUGGUAUACGCAAGCGUCUUUUUGUGCUUUCAGAGGGAAACCAACCAUACUGCCAUUCAUUUAAAAACUCUUUGUAUUCGUAUUUUAUGACUUGCGUCCUUGAAAUGUGUGUAUAUUAGCUUUGCGCAUUGUGAAAUGUAUGUGUGCCUAUGAAAAGGGAGGAUAUGUAGAUGCUGAUUUAGAAAAACGGUUGACUGAGCAAAGGCAGAAGGCAAAAGAGAAGCCAGAGCAAGGCCCACUGAAACAAGAGGCGCUGAACAAAGUUUAAAAGCCCAUUUUGUAGUACAGAACUCUGCUGCCCCUCUGUGGUUAUUUAUGUACUUGUGUGAUACUGUGCCUUUUUUACAGAAAGUCUCUUCCUUUUUUUGUACUUCAAUACUAAAUCAUAUGAUGUAUGCCAGUCGAUAACUGCAUUCCAGACAGACGUCUAAAAAUUUCAGAAACAAAGUCAUUGUUUUGCUAGGAGUUUAAGAAUAGUUUUUCACGCAUUCACAGAAUUUUGAAGAUUGUGACACAUAACCACCUAGAGCACUACAGCUCUUAAACAUAAGAGUGGCUUUAGAAGAAUACACAGCAUUUGUUAGUCCAUGGGGCUUUGGGACCAUUGCAAUUUAAUUUUUUAUAACUUAUUUUGAGUUGGAAAUGUAGUUUGGCCACCAUAGAUUUGGUUAUGACACAGUCCAAAUGUGUCCAUUUCAGGUUGACUCGAGGAUUAAGUUUACAGUUGUAGGAUAGUAAUUUAUUGAGUGGCUUGGUGGUAUAUAUACACCGAACAACAUGGCUAUAUUUAUAGACAUGAUUAUUAUGUUGAAACCUUUGAUGUGAUAGCUACACCAUCAGUUGUGGAGUAUAUUCACCUUUGCACUGUGCUCUUGAUAUAGUCUGCUGUACAAUAUUGUUUUGACUUUAUGUUUAACUUCUUAUGUUUAACUUUGUAAAUUAUUUUGUACAGUGAUGCAGUAUUGUAAAAUACUUCCAGCAUAUACUCACAUAUACUCUUCU